UUGCGUGGAAGAAUACAAUGUUCAGACAGUAAUGCGUGCUGUGGCAUAUAUCAGUUGCUGCACUCGUCAACACCAGUCUAUGAUGGUCCGAGAACGGCUGCAGCGUAAACGAAUUACUUUAAUAUUGCAGUCGUGGCAAUACGUUUGUGCAGAGAGCCAUCUGGUUCAUAUUUGAUAUAGCGGACGUUCGUACGCGGGACACUCAUUGGAUCGACUGGACUGUGACGUUAUUUUCGCAAUGGCAAGCACCCGUAAAGCCAUCCUCACAGCAACCUUCGGGCAAUAUGUCAAGGACGAUCCGGCCGCCCUAGCUCGCUUUGGUGGCGAAGACAAGAUCAAGCAGAUGGUCGCAGCCAGUGUCAAGCAAGCGAACGAUGCCGGCUUCGACAUUAGCAACAUCGCGCUCAAUCCCAAGGAUUUGCAAGACAGCAUUGAACGGCUUGCUGCUACUCUGAAAGACAAGCAGUGGGAUGGCUUCCUGAUCGGUUUUGGCAUCCGCGGCGGCAAGGAGCAUACGCCAUUGUUCGAAGCGGCUGUUAACACUGCUCAAGAGGUCGCGCCCAGGACGAGGAUGUUGUUCGGAAACGCGCCCGACGAUCUGUACAACACCCUGCAGCGCAACUUCCCGGACGUAGCGUGCUCGGUCAAGCAAGGUGGCGGAUAGUCAGAGUCAGCAUCCAGUUGCUCUAGCAAUGGAAGGACUCCAAGGCGCGGGAAGGUUCCCUAUGCGGGUAUCAUGUUUCUCACGGUCACAGCGUGCCCGGUCAGCCUCGUGUCCAAACGUACGUCGAAGCGCAGCGCCGUGGGAGUACAGUCGAGUUGUCGUGCUCUCUCUCCGAUGUGGCAAGUGAUUAGCGUUUCGUAUUGCAUAUCUGCCCGUCAAGAGCGUCAAGUCGCUGCGAUUAUACCCAGUGAAUGCUUUCCAUGAUGCCUCAAUCAUUAUCAUAUAGAAAUAAAUUCAGAACGGUUCUACGUACACUGUAAGAUCGAACUGACUGUACGAGCAAAGG